AUGGAUUCCUACGACGGUUAUGGAUCUCCCGGAAGGAACCGUGAGUCGGAUUCCUUUACGGGACGCGCCUCAGGGGAAUCAUACAGACGUCGGUCGCCCGCCUCUCAAGAUCGACGACGUGCACGGCCGCGCUCCCGCUCGCCCGUGAUUGACCGGUACGAGCCUUCGGAGCGUCGUUCUCACCGCGAAGACUUUUACAACAAUUCUCGGGAGCAUGCUGCCCGAGAGCGCGAGGACCGCCGACGUGCUCCCUCGCCAACUGUGGCAAACAUCGACCGCUAUGUGCCCGGACAAGACGGAAGUGGUGGUGGCAAGCGUCCUAUUCCGACCAACCCUAUGCCCAACCCUCUUACACUUGAUUUCCAAGUCGGAUUUAAUUGGUUCGCGGAGUGGUGGAGAUUGGAGGAAUCCGUGAAUGAGGAGAAAGAGCGCGCCAAGAACGGCGGUCGUCGAGUCAAGGGCGAACGCGAGGCGCGCGAAGAUCGCGAAAAGGAACGCGCUCAAAUCCAGGCAGCUUAUGAUACAUACAAGGUUGAUUUGCAAAUUCGACUGGCUAGGCUGUUCGUCCAGCAGCACCGGAACGAGGAGUGGUUCAAAGAACGCUAUGUUCCUGAAGUCAGAGAUCCUCUUCGCACCCGUCUCAUGACGGUUCGACAAGGCGCAUAUGAACAGUGGGAACAUGAUAUGGACAACAACCUUUUCAAGGAUUUUACCCUUGAAGGCAUAUAUAAGAGCGAUAGCGACGGUGCCGGUGGUGUGGUUGAGAAGGAGGAAGGCGAGACUACGGCGACCGCUGAGACUAUGGGAGUGCUUGACCUACUUCCAGUCCGUGGCGGAGACCUUCGCGACGAUGCUCUUGCGCAACCCGCACUCCUUAUAAAAACCCUUGCACCAAACGUCAGCCGCAGCAAGAUUGAGGAGUUCUGCAAGGAACAUCUCGGCGAGGAAGAUGGAGGUUUCAAGGGCCUCAGUCUCAGUGACCCGAACCCCUCCAAGAAGUUCCAUCGCAUGGGAUGGAUCAUGUUGCAUCCUUCCACAAACACCAACACAGUGGAGCGCGGAGAUGGACGCGAUGAAGAAUCCGAGAAUAUGGACCAUGACGGAAGUGCCAAUGGUGGUGUCACAACCAGCCCGGCUGAGAAAGCUCUUGAGGCUGUUAAUGACAAGACCAUUCAUGAUUCCGUCCAUGGUGACUUUGUUUGCCACGUGGGAGUCCAUGUUCCCCCUGCUCAGCCGCGCAAGAAGGCUCUCUGGGAUCUGUUCUCCGCGCCCGAGCGAAUUGAUCGUGAUCUCGAGCUAGCCAAACGUUUGACUUCCAAGUUGGACUCCGAGAUGAAUAUCGCUGUGGAUGGUUUCACUAAGAUUGACGAGUAUGUUGACGACCUGCGUGGCAAAGGAGAGCUCCAGCCCCCGGCUACGGGACCAGUGAGCGCGAAGAAGCAAAGAAACGGAUAUAGCGACGAAGGGGACGAAGGAGAAAUUGAGGAAGGUGAAGAGAAGGAGAUUCCCGAAGAAGAAGAUGACGUGGAUGACGAGGAACUCGCAGUUAAGAAGAAGAAGCUGGACUUGGUUGUUGAAUACCUGCGCCGGGUCUACAACUUCUGCUUCUUCUGUGUCUUUGAAAGUGACUCGGUCCAUGAGCUUGGCCGCAAGUGUCCCGGUGGACACCUUCGCCGUCCACGCACCGGACUUUCCGCUCAGGCUAAGGAAGUGGCCCGAGCCAGCGCUCUUGGCCAGCCGUUCCCGGCUAAGAAGAAAGAACCUAGCGAGGAAGGAGAAGAUCUCUCUUCGCCUGUCCAAGAAAAGCGCGGACAGCGUCAUGGCUCUAAGUCUGAACAGCAAUUGCAGCGUGCCUUUAACUGGGUGAAGACUUUUGAAGACAAGUUGCUGCAGAUCCUAGAGCCGGAGAAUGUCGAUCUCAGCAAGCUCGGCGGCAAGCCCGUUGACCAAGCCCUUGAGGAUGAACUUCUGAAGUAUAUGAAGCAGGAGGACGACUCCAAGUACCGGUGCAAGGCGCCUGAAUGUACCAAACUUUUCAAGGCCGAAGCCUUCUGGCGCAAGCACAUCGAAAAGCGCCAUGCAGAGUGGUUUGAAGGCAUCAAGAACGAUCAACGGUCACUUCCCCCUUGGCUCCGGACAAGGGCACACCGGCACUCCUCGUGGAUUCAGCCUUGCCAGCCUGCCCUACACCCCCAAUGGAAACAUGUCUACCUUCCCCCCGGUGGAAUGCCCGGCAUGAUGGGUGCACACGCAGGCGGCUGGAAUGGAAACGCAGUGGGACACGACGGCGGUCUGCACCAGCCCGGACCUAUGCGUCGCGGCCAGAAUCGCAACAACCGACCCGGUCCGUACGACCGUCGCCGAUUCAACGGCAACGGCCGACUGAGCCCUCCCCGCGGCAUGCCUGGCAUGUAUGGUGGUGGCCGUCUCCCGCCUCCUGGUGUCAGCGUUCCAGCUGGUCACCCCGCAGCCAGCAUGGCCGCCGCCAACCCAUUCCCAGACUCUUCCAGCGGGGGUCCCAUGGCGCCGCGCGAAGCCGUCCAGGGCCGCAGCUUGAAGAGCUACGAGGAUCUGGAUGCAGUCGAUGCAUCUGGCAGUGGCGAAUUGCAGUACUAG